CCCGCCUCCGUGAAAGACUGCCGGGCGCAUGCGGCCGGGCUGGUUCACUGGCGGCCCGGAGCCUAGCGCGCGCCUCGCACACCUAGUUGCUUAGCCGACGGCAGGCCUGGAAGCCGGCCUCAGGUCAAGAAGUGAAAUGAAGUACAUUUUAGUUACUGGUGGUGUUAUAUCAGGAAUCGGGAAAGGGAUCAUCGCCAGCAGCGUAGGCACGAUACUGAAAUCAUGCGGUUUACAUGUGACAUCGAUUAAAAUUGACCCAUACAUUAAUAUUGAUGCGGGAACGUUCUCUCCUUAUGAGCAUGGCGAGGUUUUUGUGCUGGAUGAUGGCGGGGAAGUAGACCUUGACCUGGGGAACUAUGAGCGGUUCCUGGACAUCCGCCUCACCAAGGACAAUAAUCUGACCACUGGAAAGAUCUACCAGUACGUCAUUAACAAGGAACGCAAAGGAGAUUACUUGGGGAAAACCGUCCAAGUUGUCCCUCACAUCACAGACGCAAUCCAGGAGUGGGUCAUGAGACAGGCAUUAAUACCAGUGGAUGAAGAUGGCCUAGAACCUCAAGUGUGUGUUAUCGAGCUUGGUGGAACGGUGGGAGAUAUAGAAAGCAUGCCCUUUAUUGAGGCCUUCCGUCAGUUCCAGUUCAAGGUCAAAAGAGAGAACUUCUGUAAUAUUCAUGUCAGUCUAGUCCCUCAGCCAAGUUCAACAGGGGAACAGAAGACUAAACCCACACAGAAUAGCGUUCGGGAACUUAGAGGGCUUGGACUUUCUCCAGAUCUGGUUGUGUGCAGGUGCUCAAAUCCUCUGGACACGUCAGUGAAAGAGAAAAUAUCCAUGUUCUGCCACGUUGAACCUGAACAAGUGAUCUGUGUCCACGAUGUCUCCUCCAUCUACCGAGUCCCCUUGUUAUUAGAGGAGCAGGGGGUUGUCGAUUAUUUUCUCCGGAGACUUGACCUUCCGAUCGAGAGGCAGCCGCGAAAAAUGCUGAUGAAGUGGAAAGAGAUGGCAGACAGAUAUGAUCGCUUGCUGGAGACCUGCUCUAUCGCCCUUGUGGGCAAAUACACCAAGUUCUCCGACUCCUAUGCCUCUGUCAUUAAAGCUCUGGAACACUCUGCACUGGCCAUCAACCACAAAUUGGAAAUCAAGUACAUAGAUUCUACGGACUUGGAGCCCAGCACCCUGCAGGAGGAGCCCGUCCGCUACCAUGAGGCCUGGCAGAAGCUCUGCAGCGCCCAUGGGGUGCUGGUUCCCGGGGGAUUUGGUGUUCGAGGGACGGAAGGAAAGAUCCAAGCCAUCGCCUGGGCUCGGAAACAGAAGAAGCCUUUUUUGGGUGUGUGCCUAGGAAUGCAGUUGGCAGUGGUGGAAUUUUCAAGAAACGUGCUGGGAUGGCAAGAUGCCAAUUCUACAGAGUUUGACCCUAAGACCAAUCAUCCUGUUGUCAUAGACAUGCCGGAACACAAUCCCGGGCAGAUGGGCGGAACCAUGAGGUUGGGCAAGAGGAGAACCCUGUUCCAGACCAAGAAUUCGGUCAUGAGGAAACUCUACGGAGACCCAGAUUACUUGGAAGAGAGGCACCGCCACAGAUUUGAGGUGAAUCCAGUCCUCAAAAAGUGUUUGGAGGAGCAGGGCCUGAAGUUUGUUGGCCAGGAUGUUGGGGGAGAGCGGAUGGAGAUCGUAGAGCUGGAGGAUCAUCCCUUUUUCGUUGGCGUUCAGUACCACCCUGAGUUCCUGUCCAGACCCAUCAAGCCUUCGCCUCCGUACUUUGGCCUCCUGCUGGCCUCCGUGGGGAGACUCCUGCAUUACCUCCAGAAAGGCUGCAGGCUCUCGCCCAGGGACACCUACAGCGACAGGAGUGGGAGUAGCUCCCCGGACUCUGAAAUCACCGAGUUGAAGUUUCCAUCAAUAAAUCAUGACUGAUGAUAACGGAUGAUUCUUCAAGAGAGCCUUCGGACAUCAAGAGUUUACAGCUUUGAUUUUACACUCAGCUUUUGACACUUCCUUUAAAUUAUGUUUUUAUUAAGAUUAUUUUAUUACGGGGGAGAGGUAUUUGGAAGACCCUGACUCGCAUGUCCCAUCCUGUGUAUCGGCCCUGACGCAGUGCCGCCCGGCGUGGGAACUCUCGGCCGAGGAGCAGGGCCUCUGGGUGGGAGCGGAGGACACCCGUGCUGGUGGCGUGCCCGUCCGUCACCUCGUUUCUCCAGGCUACCUCCUGUGCGGGUGGAUCCAAGCGUGUGGGCUCCCCUGGGACGCUAGACCGGAGCAAGGGUGCCAUGUGGACCUAGUGUGCGCGGAGGGACGGUUCUGGGGUGGGGGUGUGCAACAGCCGGUGCUGGGAACCCGAGGGCGCCGCCCUGCUCUGCGGGGACGCUCACCGACCGCUGUGACCUGUACUGUCGGUUAGUUUGGGGUCACGUGGAACAGCAGGUGGCCUGUCUCUCGGAAGCGUGGUUCGCGCAUCCCCGUGUUCUGGCCACGCUUCUCUUCCUGGGUUUGGGAGAUACUCCUUGCAUCAAGGGGUUGCUUAAGAAAAAGGAAAAAAAGAAUCUUCUGGGAAACUGCCCCUAAAACCCUCUCAUCUACAGACAGCUUUGCUUGAGGGGACUUCUUCCUUCCAGAACGGUGUUACUGCGGCUGAAAUGCAAUAUGGAAAGCUAUUUUCUUAACGUGAUGUGACGGUGGGCACUGCCAUGUGCCCGCUCGAUGCUGGUUAGCCCCCCUGUAUACUCUUAACUUAAUAAAUACUGCAGAACGAG